UGUCAUUUGUAGUAGUUGUCAAAAGUGAAGAGUUUAGUAAGUAUGCCAUGAACAAUGUGGAUUAUCUUCUACAGUACGAAUGAAAAAGCCUGCCUUUUUGUACAGAAUUUGAGAUAAAACCCCUUGGUGCCCACUGGACUCGGAGUACUGUUAUAAACCACACCGCUGGUUAAAGAAAAUAAUGCCGUUUUAACGUGAGGUGGUUCGCUAGGAGGAAAUGGCUAACUGCUAACUGCUAGCUAGCUUGAGGAGACGUUUUCCUUCCCGUGUGUUCUUCGGAGAAGGUGGUUCCUGUUGAAGAACAAAAUGACAGCUCAUACAAACGAGGAACUGAGCACUGUAACAGGGGAGAACAGGUAAUUGGAAUCCAAGAUGGCCGAUGAGGAAGAAGUGGUUGAGGAGAUGCUGGAGGAUGGUAAGUAAGGGUUUGAGAGCACUCACUGUGUUUUUCAAAGCAAAAUGUCACUUUCAAGCUUCAGUUGCAAGACGUAGCUGACCUUAUUAUGUCUGCUCAGAGGAAGAAACCCAGCAAGAGGAAGGUAAAGGCUUCUGCAUGGCUUCAUGUGUGUAUCUUCUUGUCUGUUGCUGUCAGUGAUAAAAGCCACAGCAAGUUGGCUGGGUUUCUUUUCUUUUUUUCUUUAUUAUCGGUGCAAUAUAAAAAAAAAAAUAAAGUUAAACAUUGUUGAACAUGUCAGAAUGUGUAGACAAUAAGACAGAAAGCAAAACAGUUUAUGACAUCAGACAUGGUAGUUACUUUGAAGGUGUGGGAGGCCAAGUUCAUCAAGUUCAUCAGUCUAAGAUAUAUUGUGAUGGUGUCGUGUGUGUGUUUGCGGUAAGUAUCAACAGUCUGGACUUCAAGGAGUUAAUAAGUGGUGGCCAAACCGUUGGAUUCUGUGGUUUGAUUUUUGAUGGGGGCAGACAGGUUUUCCAUGGAAAUGUAGGGAAUUAGUUGGCUUUUCCAGUGUGCGUGCGUUUUCUGUUUGAAUGUUACCACUUAAUUUAUCAACACUGUCAACACAUUCUCACUCCCAACCAAUCACUGUAUAAUCAGAUGGACAACAUGUCUCCACUUCCUCCCACUGUAAAAAAUGAAGCCAAAAUAUCCCCGACACAGCCACUGCCAUCCUGGCACUGGUGACGUUUUUUGGACACAGAGUCUUUGUCGUACCUCUGUGAUAUCAAGUUUCCUUCAUCCAAUCCAAUUUCAAGGAGCAUCAUUAAUUGAAAGCACACUAGCUGGCACACAUAGCUGUCAGUCAUGACGUCAGCCUCCCUUUUAAUAGUAUCAAGUAUGUUGUUAUAAUCAAACUGGUUAGUGGGUAGGUUUAGAAAAACAAUCCUGGUUUGGGUUAAAAUAACUGGGUAACAGUACCAUAACAACUGUGUCACUUGACCACUUUUUCACGUGAAGUACCCCAGGAACUAUGGUUUAAAAUACUCAAAUUGAAGCCUGGUGUCACAUGGGACACAAACAGCAGUCUCCUAAGUGAAAGUCGUGUGUGUUUUUGACCCAUCUAUCACCACUCCCUCCUGCCCUACUCUGACUUCAUGGCUCUUUCUACUACAUUAUUGCUCUGGGCAGGAUUACAUUGGAGUUUAAUGAACGCUCGAAGCAUGUCAUACAGGCGGUGUAGGUUGCUGUGUGCGUCAGUAACAGAAGCCAAGGGCCACUGACGAGGCUGCUGUAUUUGACGCCCUGGGAGUAAGAAUGUGUUGGCACAGUUUUGUCAGCUUCAUGUGUAACUAGCUUUUUUGUUGAAUUAUCUCUGUCCCAUGUUUACCACUGCAGUGCUUGAUAUAACUAUAUUAUCACUGUCUGACAAAGUUUGCACGACAGGUUUUCUUUAAUGGCUGUCAACUAAAGUUUGGCUCAUCCUGAUCAACCUGUGUGUGUGUGUGUGUGUGUGUAUAUAUAUGAAAUACAUAUAUGUGGCAUUUCAUUCAUGUCUUUGUGGUCAGACAAGCACUGUAAUAUUUUCAUCGAAAGGUGUCAGAGGUGGAAGAAAUACUCGGAUGUUUCAGUAAAAGUAGUGACAUCUCACUAUUACAAGUAAAAGUCCUGCAUUCAGACUUACUAGAGUGAAAGAACAAAAUAUUUGUAUCAACAUAGACUUAAAAGUACCAAAAGUGAAAGAACUUGUUUUGCAGAAUAGCCCAUUUCAGAAAAAUGUAUAUUUUGUUACUGGAUUAUCAUUAUUGUUGCAUUAAUGUGUUCAACACUGUAAUGUUGCAGCUGGUAAAGGUGGAGCUUAUUUUAAAGAGUUUAUAUACUGCUGGGUAGUUUGUAAUAAUACAUCAUUAUAUUGUAUUAAAAAUCUGAACCUGCAAAGUAACUUAAGUUAUCAAAUAAAAGAAGUGGAGUAAAAAGUAAAACCAUUACUUCUGACAUAUAGUGAAAUAGAAAGCAGCACAAAAUGUUAAUUUGAAAGUACUGUACAAGGACCUCAAAAUAAGUAGAGUAAAUAAAAAACUAUCAGUGGUGGAAAGUAACUAAGUACAUUUUUUUUGCCAAUUUUCAAACCUAUUUCUGUCUUUCUUUUUGUUUUACAUGGAUCAAACAAUAAAACUAAGCCAUGUUGAUCAAAUAUUAACAAAGACUCUUUGACUGAAUUGUCUAUUUAUCGCGUAAAAUGUCUUCAGAAACAUAUUUAUGUGCGCUGUUUGGUUGUAAUAUGAGAAUUUUGAUCAAGAAGUGGAUGCUGUUUCUUGUAUUGUAAAAACGGAGGCUGAAAAUACUGAGAUCGAACAGUAAAAUAAGGUAGUGCUGAUCAAAUAUAAACCACGAUUCUGUUACAUCGUUGCCUAUUUCUCACCUUAAUGUUUCCAGAUGAACCAUAAUUAACUUACUUUUUAACUGUAAUUUAAGAUUCUGUGUUACGAGCUGGCCGCCAUAUUGUUUACUGCCAAGCUCACACUACCAUACUUCUGCCAGUUUUAAAGUAUUUGCAUCUUUCUACUGCAUAAACAACCCAGUUUUAUGAAAAGACCAUCUCUCCUGCAGUGACAUACUUCUUUAAGUUUAUUUUUUUAUUUUUAAUUGAGUCAAAGAUCAGUAUACUUCCUCCACCUCUAAUUAGCAUUGGCUAAAAAUCAUUUAAAUGACAAGAAGUGAGCAGAAAUGAUGAUUAUCUUGUUCCUGUUCUGCUGUGUGCUGAAACUUUGCUUUGAUUUCUGACACGUUGCAAACAGCUCACAGGCUCAGUUUGUGAUCCCAGAUUAUUUUAGCUUUGGUCACAAAGUCAGACACUGGCAUUGGUUUCAGUGCAUCCCAAGAGACAGUAUCACAGUGCUCAGAGUUUUACUGAAUCCCUGCCUCAAGCUAUUUACCAAAGUCUCAUUGAUCCACUAAUCCAUAUUUUGUUCACUCAGUCAUGGAGACACUGGAAAAUGAAGGUUUGUAUGACUUUUUCUGUCAAAAAAUAUUUCUUCACUCAGGCGUUUCUGGCAUAUUAUUGUAGUGCAGUGUGUUUGUGGUGCCAUGUCUUCUUUUGUCAUGUUAUUUGGCCAACAAUAACAGAAAGUGGCAUCAAUAAUUCCUUUUCUGUUCUUGUUUAAAAAAGUUGAAGUUGAAGUUGCUGCACCAGAAGCAGAAGCAACUCCCACGGCAGAAGAGCCUGCAGAAGAAGAAUCUCCAGUUGCAGAUGAAGGUAUACUGAUGAGACCUCUUUUGCAUGCUGACUACCAAACUAAAAGAUAUGUUGUUUGAAUGCAGCGUUUGGGGGAAUAUGAAGAAACCCACAUCGAUAUUGAGUGAUGACUCCAAACCCAAACCAAAGGCAUUUGCUCCAGCUAUAGCUGUGCCAAAGAUACCAGAGGGAGACAAAGUCGACUUUGAUGACAUCCACAGGAAGCGUCAGGAGAAGGAUCUGACAGAGCUGCAGUCUCUGAUAGAGGCCCACUUCAUUCAGAGGAAGAAGGACGAGGAGGAGCUCAUCGCUCUCGUUAACAGGAUCGAGAAGCGUCGUGCUGAGAGGGAUGAACAGCAGAGGAUCCGUGCUGAGCAGGAGAGGUUGAGACAGGCUCGAGUUGCUGAAGAAAAGGAGAGGAAGGAGCUGGAGGAGGCACGUAAGAAGCAGGAUGAGGACGCCAAGAAGAAGAAGGCUCUGACAAACAUGACUCAGCAGUAUGGUGGUGUCCAACAGAGGCAAGAUGGAAAGAAGGGAGCGAAGAAGCAGACAGAGAGAGAGAAGAAAAAGAAGAUCCUGGCAGAAAGGAGGAAGCCUCUCAACAUCGACCAUCUUAGUGAGGACAAAGUCAAGGAGAAGGCCAGUGAGCUGUGGCAGUGGCUGAUGACACUGGAGGCUGAGAAGUUUGACCUCAGUGAGAAACUGAAGAGACAGAAAUAUGAUAUCAAUCAGCUCCAGACUCGCAUUCAGGACCAGCAGAGUGCCAAAGGAAGAGGCAAGGGCAAGGGCAGGCUGAGAUAGACGCAAACACCAGCAGGAGUUCUCCAAGGAAGUGUCUGAAAAUGGGCAGCAGUAUCGACAUUAAUGUACGCUUAAACAAUAAAACUGCACUGCAACAGCUGGUUUUAGACAAACAAUAAAAAAGACUUGUGCUUUUGAGCU